AUGUGCCAGAAACCUCUAUCCACAGCCAACACUAAUGUCAAUGCUGUUGGCUCAUGGGGCUACACGGCUCUUUCCUACACUGUGAAAAAAGAAAAUUAUGAUGCAGUCAAGCUCCUUCUAGCCUAUAUACCGGGGAACGUACUCCACUCGAAGAUGUGGUCUAUCAAGAGAAUCUCGGAAAAAAUCGACCAGAUGAGGUCCCUUGGUGCACAACAGAGCAUCCAGAUCAAUGCCAGAGAAAGCGGAGGGAGGACGGCCCUUCAAACCGCGGCCAUCGGGCGCAUUGAUGAAGGCAUCAAGUACCUCAUCGAACGCAAAGAUGGUCAAGCGCGGGAUAAGGAGAGACAGACUGCGUUGGGGAUUGCAAGGGAGUCUGGUCAUGCGGAGAUAUCACAACUCCUGACUUCCGAGAAAGCACGUCGAAAAAAAUGA